AUGAUCGCUCCCGGUGUGAAUAUAUUGGCAGCAUGCACCGGAGACGUUGACUACUGCCUCGAUUCGGGGACUUUCAUGGCGUGUCCUCAUGUCAGCAGUGUUGCAGCGCUGAUAGAAACCACCUGGGGCUUGUCUACGACAUGGUGCCCCAAGAUUACAUCACCUUCCUCUGCUCUCUCAGCUACACCGAACAACAAAUUGGUCUACUCACACACAAAGGACUCAGUUUCCUGUCCCAACUCCAGUUUGGAAGCUGACUAUCUCAACUAUGCUUCCUUUUCUGUUGUUAUGAAGUCAGGGAGCAAUUCAGUUCAGGUAAAGAGGAGAACAGUGACGUAUGCGGGUACAGGGACUGACGCAGUGUACCAAGUGAGUGUGAAGAACCCUGCUGGCAUCACUAUAAGCAUGGAACUACAAACGUUGAAGUUCGGAAAGCUCCUGGAUACUGCCAGCUAUAGUGUAAAGUUCGAAAGCAUUGUCGUUGCUAGCGAUGACACAACUGCGUUCAGAGAGAUAAUGUGGAAAUGUAUCAAAGGAGGGUCGCAGAUUGUGCGAAGCCCAGUUGCCGUAAGCAUUGAAGCUUGA